AUGAGGCAAUUCACACUAAUCAACUUCAUUGCUUUGCUUAUCGCAUCCACCACCUCCUUUGCCAUUGUUGCUCCCUUUUUUGGACAGGCUGCAGCUUUCAAUUCACUACAAGAGAAGAUCUAUCAACCGGCUGAUAUGGCUGGAGAGAACAUUGCAAAGACAUUUAUUGGUGGCGAACCACCUGCUUCGAGAACAAGAUGGCAAGAACCAAAAAGCACGUCCGCUGUAAUAUCAAGUUCAAGUGGUAAUGAUACAGCAACUGUGUUGAGCACAAGAAGUGAUUCGGGUGGUGGCAAGGUCGUGGUACCAACUUGGUUGUCUGAAAUUUAUCACAUAGCAGAUACAUUUUUUGCUUAUAUAUAG